AUUUUUCAAAAUAAUGGAAGCUAGUCUUUUGGACAUUAUUAAUAGUUUGUAAGCUACUAUCUUUAAUUUAAAUAAAUACUGGUAAAUGAAAUAAAUUUUUCCAGGUUAUCCUAAAACCAACAACAGAAGUCAAAGAUACAUAACAAGAUCAUAAAAGUCUUAUCACAUUAUCAUGUUUUAUCUAUGAGAGUAUAAGAAUUAUAUGAAUAAACAGAGGUGGAAUCGAGUGACUUUCCUGGAAAUUAUCCUGGAUACAUCGACGAAUGGAAUGCUAAAAAGUUUGAAAAGAAUCUACAGAUUAAUCUUAUCAGAUUGGAUGAUAUGGAAAUGGAGUUUGAUAUCAUAGGAAUUGAUGCUGCUAUAGCCAAUGCUUUUAGAAGAAUACUUUUGGCUGAGGUACCAACAAUGGCUGUAGAGAAAGUGUUUGUUUAUAAUAAUACAAGCAUCAUUCAAGAUGAAGUGCUGGCACACAGAUUAGGACUUAUUCCAAUCAAAGCAGAUCCAAGAUUAUUUGAGUAUAGACAAGAAGGAGAUGAUGAAGGUACUGCUGAAGAUACCAUUGAAUUUCAUUUAAAAGUGAAGUGUACCAAGAAUAAAAAUGCUUCAAAAGAUGCAGCUAUUCCAGAGGACUUAUAUUUGAAUCAUUUAGUAUAUUCUGGUCAAAUGAAAUGGAUUCCAAUUGGAAGUCAAGCUGAAUUGUAUGGUGAAGAUGCCAUAAAACCAGUUCAUGAUGACAUUCUAAUUGCAAAAUUAAGACCUGGUCAGGAAAUUGAUGUUAAAAUGCAUUGUGUAAAGGGAAUUGGCAAAGAUCAUGCUAAGUUCUCACCUGUUGCUACUGCAACCUACCGUCUUUUACCUGAAAUCACUCUCUUGAGAGAAAUUGAAGGAAAAGAAGCAAUACAAUUGAAAGAAUGCUUUUCGGAAGGCGUUAUUGAAAUUGUGAAGAUGCCUGAUGGUCGUGAGGUUGCUAGAGUUUCCAAUGCACGUAAAGACACUUGCAGUCGUAAUGUUUUCAGGUAUGAAAACCUAAAAGACAGUGUCCGACUCAGCAGAGUGCGAAAUCAUUUCAUAUUUCUUAUAGAGUCAACAGGUGCUCUUUCACCAGCUCUCUUAAUGAAAGAAGCUAUUAAAAUUCUCAUGGGAAAGUGUAGAAAGUUUCUAAAUGAAUUGGACAGAGUAGAUGAAUGAACUUGUCUUAAUGUAAUAAAAUGUAUGUAUAUAUCACAUUUAAACAAUGUAUUUUUAAUAUGAAUUUCAGUUUGUAUACUUAUUUAUGUCAACAAUAAAUCUUGUUUCUAAAUGAAGUUAGAUACUGA